AAUAAUAUUGAAAAUUGGCAACCAGUUUUUAUUGUGUGUAAACAACACUGAAAAUUUUAUUUUGACGUUUGAAGAACUCUCCUUUAGAAAAAAAAAUAAUAAAAUGGCAGAAGCCGGUGAUGCAGAUGAUAUUGAUGAUGGAUUUGAUCCUGAUCCACCAAUUCAAGACUUUUCUGAUGAAGAACUGCAAAUACCUGAAGUUAAAUAUGAAUAUUUGGAUCAUCCUGCUGAUGUUCAGUUACAUUCCUGGGGCUCAACUAUUGAAGAAGCCUUUGAACAAAUUGCUGUUUCUAUGUUUGGAUACAUGACUGAAAUAGAAACAGUUGAUAUUACUAUGAGUCAAGACAUUGAAGCUGAAGGUCAUGAUAUGCUGUCAUUACUAUUCCAUUUUCUUGAUGAAUUCCUGUACAUAUUCAGUGCUGAACCUUACUUUAUUGCUAGAAAAGUGAAAAUUCUGAGUUUUGAUCGUGCAAACUUUAAAGUGAGAGCUAGAGGGUAUGGAGAAAUAUUUGAUUUAGAUAAACAUCCACAAGGUACUGAAGUGAAAGCUAUUACUUACUCAAAUAUGCAGGUGCAUGAAAAUGAAGGGAAAACUGAAUUAUUUGUAAUUAUUGAUAUUUGAGCAUUAUAUUUUUUGUCAUUAAAUAUUUAUUUCUGUUU